UUCCAAACAGGGAAAAGUGUUCCACGAAGCGGUAGCGCCUUUCCGCCUCGCCUUUUCCUCCCUGAACCUGGUCCCCGCUCCGGUCCGGGCGCGAGUUGGUGGGGGCGAGCGCCGGCAGCCCCUCUGCGCCGGGGAGCGCGGGGCGCGGGAACCCGGGCGCGGGGCGCGGGGGCGACUCCCGCGCCGGCACAUGGCCGCAAGCACCCCGCGCGCACCCCGAGGCGCCGCGCCCAGCUCGCCGAAGGUCCGUCGGCUGCGCCCGGCCGCCCCGGAGCCAGGCAGCGGCUGAGCGGGGAAGUGCCCGCGUCCGGGGAUCGGGAUGACCCUCCUCCUCUUCCUCUGGCUAGUUUCCUACUAUGUUGGAACCUUGGGGACUCACACUGAGAUCAAGAGAGUGGCAGAAGAAAAGGUCACUUUGCCCUGUCACCAUCAACUGGGGCUUCCAGAAAAAGACACGCUGGAUAUUGAAUGGCUGCUCACCGAUAAUGAAGGAAAACAAAAUGUGGUGAUCACUUACUCCAGCCGUCAUGUCUACAAUAACUUUUCUGAGGAACACAAGGGCCGAGUGGCCUUUGCUUCCAAUUUCCUGGCAGGAGAUGCUUCCCUGCAGAUUGAGCCUCUGAAGCCCAGUGAUGAGGGCCGAUACACCUGCAAAGUGAAGAAUUCAGGGCGCUAUGUGUGGAGCUACGUCAUCUUAAAAGUCUUAGUGAGACCAUCAAAGCCCAAGUGUGAAAUGGAAGGAGAGCUGACGGAAGGAAGUGACCUGACUUUGCAGUGUGAGUCAUCCUCUGGCACAAAGCCCAUUGUAUAUUACUGGCAGCGAAUCCCAGAGAAGGAGGGAGAGGAUGAACAUCUGCCUCCCAAAUCUAGGAUUGACUACAACAACCCUGGACGCGUUCUGCUGCAGAAUCUCACUAUGUCCUCCUCUGGACUCUACCAGUGCACAGCAGGCAAUGAGGCUGGGAAGGAAAGCUGUGUGGUGCGAGUGACCGUACAGUAUGUACAAAGUAUCGGCAUGGUUGCAGGAGCAGUAACAGGCAUGGUGGCUGGGGCCCUGCUGAUUUUCCUCUUGGUGUGGCUGCUAAUCCGAAAGAAAGACAAAGAAAGAUAUGAGGAAGAAGACAGACCUAAUGAAAUUCGAGAAGAUGCCGAAGCCCCGAAAGCUCGCCUCGUGAAGCCUAGUUCCUCUUCCUCAGGCUCUCGGAGCUCACGCUCCGGUUCUUCUUCCACUCGCUCCACAGCAAAUAGUGCCUCACGCAGCCAGCGGACAUUGUCAACUGAAGCAGCACCCCAGCCAGGGCUGGCCACCCAUGCAUACAGCCUAGUGAGGCCAGAGGUGAGAGGUUUGGAACCAAAGAAAGUCCACCAUGCUACCCUGACCAAAGCAGAAACCACACCCAGCAUGAUUCCCAACCAGAGCAGAGCCUUCCAAACUGUCUGAAUUAGAGUGGACUUGACUCUCAUGCUUUCCUAGGAGUCAGGAUCUUAGGACUCUUCUAGUUAUUGAAGCGCAGUCACCAGGCACACAACCCCCUCAAACCAGAUGAGAGGUCAUUUAAGUAGCAGUGAGCAUUGCAUGGGACAGAUUCAAAUGAGCACUUUCCUUAUAUGACACGAAACAAGGAAAAGGAUGUAAGCCGAUCAUCUCCAAAAAGGCAUCACAUCAUGCCUUUAGAGUACAGUGGGGGAAAGCAGAAGUCCAAAUCUGUGCAUUUGUUGACCAAGACCUGUGGUGAGAAAGGCCGGGGAAAGGGGAAGUGAACACACUUAAAACUUCUCACCUGAGAUGUUUUGUAUCAAUACUUCGAUUCACCAUUGUCAAGAAGAAAUAAGGUGUUGUUCAUAAAUUUUCUAUGCAUUUCUGCAAA